AUGGCUGAGUUCAGGUUGACCUGGCUUAGCGGGGUUGUCAGCACAGUGCGCUCUCACCAAGAUGAGCUCAGGUACCAGUGGGAUUGGGAUGGGCUCCUGGGGACAGGCACAGCACCCCCCACCACGCUCACCCUACUUCCCAUCAGCCGCAAGUUCAUGGUGCCAGUUACCCUGGAAGAUGUGGCUGUGAAUUUCACCAUGGAAGAGUGGGAAUGUCUGGAUGCCAGUCAGAGGGCCCUUCACCGUGAUGUUAUGUCUGAAACCCUGAGGAACCUGCUGUCUGUGGCCAAAAUACUGAUGCUGAAACCGGGUCUGAUCGCCAAUCCUAAGCAAGAAGAGAGACAGAGGAGGGAGGAUCUCCAUUCCCCACGUGGAGAAGCUCUCCCUUCAGGAAGUAAGAAGCAGCAGCGUUGUGAGGACCCAAAAGAUAAUGGGGCUGGUGGUGGCAAGAAGGCCCACCAUGCCCACAGAGGGCCCGGCCAGAGCCUGCCCUCCACCCUGGCUAGGCCUGAGGAUGUGAGCCGAGGGCCGCAGACAACCCGGGCAGGGCCGCCCUUCACCUGCUACACCUGUGGCAAGCGCUUCAGCAGGAGCUCCUACCUCCACAGCCACCAGUUUGUCCACAGCCCCCGGAGGACCAACAGCUGCAGCCAGUGUGGUAAGCUAUUCCGGAACCCCAAGGCUCUGAGCUACCACCGGCGCAUGCACCUCGGGGAGAGGCCCUUCUGCUGCUCGCUCUGUGACAAGACCUACUGCGAUGCCUCUGGACUUAGCCGUCACCGCCGUGUCCACCUGGGCUAUCGGCCCCACUCAUGCCCCGUGUGUGGGAAGGGUUUUCGGGACCAGUCGGAACUCAAACGUCAUCAGAAGAUUCACCAGAACCAGGAGCCUGCAGCCAGAAACCCCGAGUGCACUGCCAGGUCUCUGGGCCCCACAGCAGGGAUCCCGGCUCCCACUGUCAGGGGCCAGUGGUCUCACCAGGGCCUUGUGGAUGGGAACCGUGCACCAUGCACCCCACGCCCUGUGUUUAGCACCAAGCAUCCUGGGGCCCAAACACGGGCCCCCGAACUUGGGUAUCAAGCACCUGUGACCAGGAGCCGGGUAACCCCCACUAGUGCGUCCGGCCUAGACAGCACAGCCACUGCUCCACCAGCGAAACCCUCAAGACUGGGUCGCAGGGUCUUCCCCUGCCCGCACUGUCCCGUGACCUUCAGCAAGAGAGCCUACCUCUCUAGGCACCAGCAGGCGCAUCUGGGGGAGCAGCUGGCUUGCUGCUUCCACUGUGGUCAGGCCUUCAGCUCUGCCUCCCGGCUGGCCCAGCACCAGCAGACCCACUGGCAGCAGAAGGUCUAUUGCUGCCCCGUGUGUGAUAUCUGCUUUGGGGAGAAGCAGGAGCUUGUGGGUCACUGGAAGGGUGUGAGGGGCAGGGAGCAAUGCCGGCUGGUCCUGGGGCAGUGGCUGGGCUUCUUUCCCGGUGCUGCCUCCUCUGUGGCCGCGAAAGAGUGGAGAUGUGGAGGAAAUAGAACUUUUAGGGUCCAUCGCCGUGGGAGAGGGGAAGCAAGGAAGAAAGCAUGUGAAGGAGACUUGCAAAGGGGGCAGCAGGAGUCCUGAUGUGAAAACAGGCUCUGGCCCGCUGGGGCGGCAGCACCUGGCUGAGGGAGAAAGGCGAGCGACAGCAGAGAAGCACAAGUGUUAUUAAUUAGCACCUAGCCGUCUCUUUGUGUCUCAUAGACUGCCAGGUAGUAAUAGUUGAAUCAGACUGUAUGUUCUGGUGAGGAUAGAUGGGUAGAAAAGGGUGAGGGGAAGAGGGAUGCAGGCAAGAGAAGGUGCUGGUCCUUGCCCCACUCAGCUGCUGGGGUGAGGUGGAGCCCUGUCUCUGCUCUGGGGUCUCUUCCACUCCAGGGGCAGGUUAGGUUAGAGUUUGCCGCAGCCGUGCUCUGCAGUUUCUUCAGCGUCCUCUGCUAUUUGGUUCCCUGUGCUCAGGCUCCUAACUUCCACUCCUCAUCUGCCCCAUCAGGCUGGAAUCUGAGAAAUAACCACUGUUUGCAUUUGCUGUGCUGUGCUGUGAGAGGCAGGUGCUGGUGAUCUGCAGUUCACAGCUCAGCCCCUGCGGGUCGU